AGCCGGAUCUGGCCAAUGGGGGCGCGCAGAGCCGCAUAUCCUGAGGGCGGGGCUCGAGGGCGGGCCAAUGACGGGAGGGUGACCGUGCCAUCAGUGUUGGCUGUGCUGUGGCUGGAAGUUACUGUGCGGCGGCGGCUAAGAGGGCGGCUGUGGUGGCGGCGGCGGCGGCUCAGGCGGUGGCUGAGGCAGCGACGGAGGAAACAGAAGAUGGCAGAUUUUUUGAAAGGACUGCCUGUCUACAACAAAAGCAAUUUUAGUCGAUUUCAUGCCGACUCCGUGUGCAAAGCGUCGAACCGACGCCCCUCAGUCUACCUGCCCACGCGGGAAUACCCGUCAGAACAGAUCAUUGUGACAGAAAAAACAAACAUCCUUUUGCGCUACCUACAUCAGCAAUGGGACAAAAAGAACGCCGCCAAGAAGAGAGACCAGGAACAAGUGGAUCUGGAGGGGGAGAGCUCGGCGCCCCCCCGCAAGGUUGCCCGGACCGACAGCCCGGACAUGCACGAGGACACUUAAGACUCAUGCUCCCCACAGGCGCCUCCUGUCUUGUCUGCUCCUCGCCCGCCCGCUGUGUAAGCGCCCCCGCCUGCCCCGCCAGCCCACACCCCGCCGUCCACACCACUUCCAACCUCAUAGGAGCCGAUGUAUUUAUUUUCCUUGAGUUUUUAUUUAUGCUGUAAAAUGUACCAAGUGAUGGUUAAAGGGGACGUCAGACCCAGUAGUGUGAUGUUGGUAGAUGCUUUUUGAAAAUAACAUUGUUAUUUACCUCCCCUGCCCUGCUCCCCCGCCUCCCGCCCCCCAGUCCUCCUCCUCCGGAGAACCAGAGCGUGUCUGCGAGGGUCCAGAGCCGGGCCCUGCUGCAGCCGGCAGGGGAGGGGGCGCUUCUCCCUGCUGCCCCCUGCUGGUCCGGGCCUUAAAGACUUGGCCUUGUCUCACCUUCUACCGGGACCUAUUCUGUGCCCAGACCUUGCUCUGAGCGUGCGCCGGGGGAGAAGUCAGCCCUUCUGGAUCUUUCUCUUAAGUCAUUUUAUCAUGGACUAGUGCGUGCUCCGUGUCCACCCCAAUAAAAGGAUCUUUCCUAGUCGA